UCACAGAGAUCCACCUGCCUCUGCCUCCCGAGUGCUGGGAUUAAAGGCGUGCGCCACCACCGCCCGGCCUGCAGAGAAUUUUUUAAAAGAGGUUUUUCCUUAGGCACAUUUGCCCGUGUCUGUGUCUGCCUGUCGUGGUGCGUGGUGACUUCCGAGGCCAUAUGGAGUCACAGGCAGGUGUGCGCUGCCUGUUUGGCGCUGUGAAGAUGAGAAGAUGGUUCUCUAGGAGAUAACUAAGUGCUCUUACUGCUGAGCCAUUGCUCCAGCUACCUCAACCCCAAGGAGAGGUUGCCCCAUUGUUCACCAACAUGGAAGAGUCAGCUGUGUCCCUUGAGGAUAAAGAAUUUACAUGCUUCUCCGAUGCUAUAGCCAUUCACAAAGAGAGAGAUGAUUUAUCUGUAGAAACUGUCAAGAAUAUCGAGACUGCUGUGGAAGCAGGGAAUUGGGUAGAACUCGUCAAGCAGAUCAAACAGGAAGCAUCGAGAACCACAGUGAAAAUUGCUGUAACUGGGGACUCCGGCAAUGGCAUGUCAUCCUUCAUCAAUGCUCUUAGGGAGAUUGGACAUGAGGAGGAGGAUUCAGCUCCCACUGGGGUGGUGAGGACCACACAGAAACCGGCCCUAUACUCCUCCUCCAAGUUUCCCAAUGUGGACCUGUGGGACCUGCCUGGCACAGGGGUCACAUCCCAGAGCAUGGAGAACUACCUGGAGGAGAUGGACUUCGGCAAAUACGACCUGAUCAUCAUCAUUGCUUCUGAGCAGUUCAGUUCAAAUCAUGUGAAGCUGGCCAAAGCCUUGCAGAGCAUGAGAAGGAGGUUCUAUGUUGUCUGGACAAAGCUGGACAGGGACCUCAGCACAAGUGCCCUCGCAGAAGACCAGGUACGGGAGAACAUCCUAAAGAACAUCCGGGAAAACCUCCAAGAGGAGGGGUUGGUGGAUCCCACUAUAUACCUAGUAUCCAACUUCAGUCCUUCUUUUCAUGACUUCCCGAAGCUUAGACACACACUGACAAAAGACCUCCCUGAAAUCAAAUAUGAUAGUCUCUUUGGAAUCCUUUUCCAUGUCUGUGAGAAGAUUAUUGAUAAGAAAAUGAAAACCAUUAAAAAGCACAUAAAGGAGGAUAAUUUACAGGGAGGUUUAGAAAUCUCGGAUCCAAAUAAUCUGGGAGAGUGUCAUAAAGUCUUCCAGAAAAACUUUGGUGUGGAUGACACAUCUCUCCGCCAGGUGGCUGUGACGAUGAGUCACCCGGAUACUUAUUUCACAGAUGUCGUGCAGUCCCAGGUUACACAGACGCACCAACAAGAUGGCUCGACACCGUCUCUGCUGCACCAGUUCCGCGAUCGAGCUGUUCAGUUUGCCUAUCGCUGUUUUCACUUAACACACGCGCAACAGGAACAUGUACUUGAUGAAGCUGCUGAGAAAACCAAGAAAAUUCUGAGUAAAAUCUUGAAGGACACUCUCCUUCCUUAGGAAGGGCUAGCUAACCGAGAUUCUUUCCCCAGCUUUCUACCCGACAUCUACCCCCAGUUGAACUUAAUUGCUGUAUGGGUUUCAAGUUCCUUGAGGCUAAUAGGCUGACUUUCUUGAUGGGCGUCCCCCUCAGGACACAGCGCCAUGGGUUUUGCUUUUUACCAUUUGUUUACUUUUAUUUUAACUGAACUUUCUGGGAUCCCAAUAUAGGAGACAUUUCCUUUUUCAAAUUGCACAGAAUUUCACGUUUGACACAUGGACACCUUAGCACCUAUGACUGAUGUAGUUUCUCUUAGAGGCCUCUUAAUUUUUGCUUCUGUCUUUCUCCUCUCUUUUCUUCUCUCUUGUGGGAGGUGGAACAUGCUUUUGGGAAUGAGGAAGAGCUUGUUUCUGUCCACUGUCUGACAACAUGGGUAGUAGAGGCCUGUUUUCUGACCUUUCCUUCUAUGUGUAAAGAGAGGGGAUUUAAGUCUGUACCACUGGUCAUGGGAUUCACAAAGUGCUGGCUGGAAGACUUUUAGGUCCCCCACAGUACCCCCUGUGGUGCCAAGGAUGUCAUGGCCCCUCACACUCAGCGUACCCACAGUCUCCUAUUGCUUCUGACUUGUUCAUCCACCCCUAAAUCUCCAGGUCAAACCCCUAUCCAGACACGUAGACCUUCCUCCAUUCCUCAUGGAGCUUUCCCAUUCCGCUCAGGUGUGUGUGUGUUUAUUUAAGACAGAUGCUUCUCCAUGUACUGCUACAUCCCCUUUUCUCAGUCCCCCUCUCAAUAGAUGUCAGAGUGUGUUUGUAGGGCCUAGUCCAGCCAUUCAAACAAUAGGCCCGACUUUCAGUUUACCCUAAAGCAAUACCUGGUUUGGGGAAAGAUCACAAACUGAGACCACUCAGGCACCACCCAGGAAUGGACCAUCCAAGGGCAAAAGAAAUACCUAAUGUUCCAGCCCUUGUAGAUGUAGAUUCCAACAUCAUCAGGUGUCCCUUAGCCCAACACACACCCAUCCCCUUUCACCAAGAUACCUGUAGACAAAUGUCAGCCAAUCAGGGAUCCUGAACCUUAGGAAUAUCCUCACUUCAACCCCUGCUAUGAUAAAAACCCCACCUAAACUGGGCUCAUGACUCUUUGACCUCACUGUGUUGGCUGAUGGAUGGAGGGUCCAAGUUGGAGCCUGAAUAAAGGCUCUUUGCUUUUGCACAUGA